GGUUGGACGCAUGGAACGUUUCCAAACAGGAGCGCUUCACAAUGCUCGUAGGUAGCAAAUUCGUCAAAUUAGUCGAGGUCCCCUUGCGUGAGACCUCACCGCCGAAAUGGAAAGAACUCACCAUCAACACGGGUGCAGCGCAGAGCACGCUCGAAGACAUCAAGCUCACGGAGCGAGCCGGAGGCUACGCUUACCAAGAGGACCCGGCGUCGGGUGUAGCCACGCGCAACCGAUUCAUCUACUGGAAGACCAACCACAACGUUUUGGAGCUAGCCGAGGAAUCGCUCGACGUCGACCUCGUCGGGAACAGGCUGCGCCUGCGUUUCCAGCACACGCCUUUGCUGGAAGGCGUGUCCAUCUUCGAGACGCGAAACAACCUCGUCGUUCUCGCGGCAACCAUCGCCAGCGUGCACCGACUCUCCUUUCCGCACCCUCGCUUGCUGAAUCCAAACGUCGGGUCCACCUCGACGUGCAGCAUGCGCUCCGUCUUCUUCGACACGUCGGCCACGCUGCUUAGAGAUUACCACGUACUGAACCACGCCGGUCUCGGCACCACGCUGUCGAACAACUCGUGCAGCUGGCUGGGAGCCAACGGCGAGGCGAUAUUCGUGCUCGGUACUAACACUUCCUCGCUCUUCGUGGUGUCCAUCGACCCGCAGGACGUGGGUGGCAAGGUGUCCACCAUGGAGAUUCGAAAGAGCGCCAGCGUCACGCGCUUUCUGAGCGGGAUCCUGCCGGCGUCGAUGCGAGAAGACGAGGCGUCGCUCAGUCUCGUGUGCCACCAGGCGGACGACGACAUCUUCAUCUUCGCCCUGUCUAAGGACCUGCGCAUCCGGCAGUGGUCGUACAGGAGCCAAGACUUGCUCUCCGUGUGUUCCGUGCUGGACCACUGGCCGGCGUCCAAGUCCACCUCGUGGGGACUCGGCGGCCGCCAGUCGUGCAUGGUGAAGGCGACCGACAGCUCGUCGUCGGGCAUCGACGUCUACCUCGGAGUGUACGCGUGCUUUCCGGAGGGCAACCAGUUCUUCGUCUUUCAGCCGAUCCAGCCUCAGGGCGGAGGCCACAAGAUGGUUCUCCUGGCGAGCGUCCGAGCCCCGGAGAACGACCUCGUCGACUUCUGUCUGAUGGGUCCGACUCUAUGGACCCUGUGGGUCCAGCAAAACGACGAGCCGCUCGUCUGUACCGUGUGCAUUGACGCGCUGGACAGUCCCAGCGGCAAAUGGGCCGGCGUCCAUCUGCAGCCCAGUGUCCUGCCAGAUAGGGACUAUGGGCCUGCCCCACUGGACCCGCGAGAGCAUUACAUCGAGAAAAUCAUUGGACGAAAUGUCUACUCCUUCAACACCCUUUGUAAAGUACUGAGCACGUACGCCCGGCGUGCAGAGCACUCUUAUGAUCACGGCAGUCGUAAUCUAAAAGAGGAAAUCAUGGCUACCGUUGACGCAGAAAUUCGUGCUGGCAUUGGAGAGCUUGAGCUUAGUGACCAGGACUAUGUGAACCUCGCCUUACAUCACUGGGGAAAAUUUGAUUACGCCUGCUCGGAGUAUCAUGCAGUUGGCCUGAAACCACUAGGUUUGUUCGUGGACCCAAACACGGGGAUGGCAGCCCUCAUUCGACGUGACCACUUGUCUUUGCUGAGGCCAUGCGAAUGGCAAGAGAGCUGCAUGCUCUCUGAAGAACUUCCACCUUGGUGCAGUGAAGUGGCAGAUGAAGGUGUGCAGAUAAUUGUGUCCUGCCUCAAGAUGAUCGAUUCAUGCUUGACUCAAGACGUGGUGGCUGAGUUUUCGCAGGGCCUGUAUUUCAUGGAGGACAUUCAAGGCCUGGUUGACAGGGUGGUUUCCCACCUCCUGAGCUUGGAGUACAGCGUCGUAGUGAAAAAAAUCAUUGAUGACAUUCACACUAACCUGCCAUCACUUAAAAAUCUUAUUGAUUCCAUGGACCUUUCAGAAGUGAACCCAUGCACAAGACCACAAGGUCUCAACUCCAAUGCGUGGCACUGUCUGUUUGGGAGUGCUACUGGCUGCGGUUUCAUGUCCGCGUGUGUGCAGCAAGUGAUGCAGUUUCGUUUCACAUUUUGCCGAAAUUUGCUAGUGCUGCAGGGUCUGAUAGUUGCUGCUGGACAGAGCAGGGGUGCUUUAGGCCGUCACCUGAGCCUAAUCGGCCGAAAGCUUAUUCCCGAGACGCAAAGACUUGUGCGAGCGUACUUUGCAGCCCUGUGGGUCACAGAAGCCGAAGGCGGCCCUCUGUCAAAUCUCCUUGAAGGAGGCAUCAAAGGGAUGUCCAUAAGCAGCAGUGCCGAUGGUUUUGGCGUCAUGAGCCAGAAUGCAGAACAGUGUGGCCUUGUGUGGAUCUUCCUGAGGAAUGGAGGUGGAGAAGCGGUGAGGCGACAACUCUCUGAAAAGGGCCUGCCUGUGGCAAACCAAAUCUGGGCGCCCAUCCUUCCGUCAUUCAUAUCCGCAGUUGCAGAGCUUAUCUGGCCUCUUUCGGAUAACUGUGUUUUCCCGAGGUCCUUGCUAGAGCUCGGUCAGCAUCUUCAGUUGCAAGAGUAUGUGCGGCUGUUGGCAGAGUGGUGCAGCAACAAUCGAGAGACAAGAAUGUACCUUCUAGCCACCAGCUUUCUAGUGUGUCACGAGUACCACAAGGCUUGCAUGCUUUAUCAAAGCUGGCAUACGAGCACGUCCACAGAACCUUACAUAAUGCAGCAGAUUCAGAGAUUGAAAAGCAGCGAUGCAUCGCCUGAACAAUCCCUGCUGCCCUUGUACUAUCAACAUGUGAUCAAGGCAUUCACAGAUGCCCCCGACUGCAUAAUCACUCUGGCAGAAGCAGCUCUGAAGCGCACGCCCAGGGAUGACCCCCAUGUCCCAGUGCUGUGGUCACUGCUUUUUAAGCACCAACUACAGCUGGGUCACAUCACCGAAGCAUAUCAUGCCAUGAUACAGAAUCCCAUUGCCGAUCACCGCAACAACUGUUUGCAACAGUUAGUUAUUGUGUUGUGCGAACGGGGUCAGCUUUCGACGUUGGUCAACUUCCCAUUCAAAGGCGUUGAAAGUGAUGUUAUCCACAUCCUGGAGACACGGGCUAGAGCGACUGAUGCUCUGGAACAGCGUUACUAUGAUGUUCUCUAUUGCAUGCACGUCAAUGCAAAGAAGUAUCGCAGAGCUGCAUCGGCAAUGUACGAGCACGCCUUGCGGCUUCAGGAGGAAGCUGGCACACUGGAAGCCCUCAAGCAGCAAGAACUGUGUCUCCUUGCUGCUAUCAACUGCCUGCUGCUUGUGAAGUCUGAAGAUGCCUGGGUUGCUAUGCCCCUACCCGUUAGCAGGGCAGAUAGGUCGCCAAAGCGCGACAGCACCGGUGAAGAGAUUCCGCAUGCACUGACCAGGAAAGUGGAGGUCAUCCAAGUUGAAGACAUGCGGCGCAAGUUGAGUCUGGUGCGUGCGUGGCUUCUGCUCAGCGGCUCUAGCAGGGACCCCAUAACCUUGCCGCUCUCUCCCGACGAAACCGUUCUCCUCCUGGUGGGCGCCGGCUACUUCAACCUUGCCAUUCACAUUUGCAAGCAGUUCUCUCUGAACUUGGAUCCCGUGUUUGAGGGUGUCGUCCAGCAUUGCUUAAGAAGCUUACCUGUGCAAACGAUCCAGGGUGCUAGGGCGAUCAAUCCGCAGUGGAUCAUAGAGAAUCCGAAGGCAGUGCUAGACAUUCCUGGACAGGCAUGGCUCCUACUUCGACACUACCUCAAGCAGUACGAGAAGGAGCGUGGGACAACUCGUUACCAUCGCCUCGUUGCGAGCAAACUUUUGUGCAACGGCUUCUUGCUUCCACCUUGGCUGAUCGAAUCCUACAAGGAGCGCGACGCUCCAGAGCUCCUGCGGCUUCUGAUCGCGUAUUCGCGCCUGGAAAAGGCAACAGACAUAUCGAUUGAGUACAUAGAUGCUGUGCUGGGAAAAGGAAAAGAAUACUUUGGCUUGACCUCGUCUCUGCAUGCCAGCUCCCCUCCUGUCUGGUUGCCUCACACAACCUUCGACCGCCUCCUCGUGGCACUGAAGAGCUCGGCCAACAUGGAAAGCCAAUAUCAGAAACUCGACCACAAGUUGAAGGACUACUUUAAGACACUUGAACGUGUGUCUCUCGCCAUGCGACGAUGAAUGUUCUGUGAAUAUGCGCAUUGUGUGAACCGAUUUCAUUUAAUACUCUCGUAUAAUAAACAAUCAGUUUUUUUCUCGUCUUUAUAA